AUGAGUAACAUCCUCCUCUUGACUGGUAUUGUGUUUGCACUGUCCUUCAUACUAUCAGUGAAGUUCAACCGGCGAAGAACGGAGGACAGUACUCAUCCAGUUUGGUCACUGAUCCUCAUUCAGCUGUGCGGCUCCAAUCUCGGUCGCCUCCAACCUGUUCCUCAGUAUCGUCUGUACUUUUCCGCAAUUGACUUCACUGAAUUCAAUCCAAAUGAAACGAUUUCGGGAAGCGAUGUCGAGGUCAUUCCAGACUUUUGUAUCUUACUCCAUCGUGCGGUCUUGCUCCGGAAAGGACCUCUGAGGCCACUACUAGCAAACAUCCAGUCGACGUACCUUCCAUCUCGAGCCAUCAACAUCACCUCGUCCUUUAUUCCACUUCUAGUGGAGUUGAAGAGACCUGUGAGCCGUAAUUGCAACAACAUUAAUGAGUUCAUGUCUGGGCUUGGAACUAUGAUGAAAAGUGCACAGAGCCAGGCUGAAGGACAGGCGCACUGCCUGUUCUCAAUCCCGAAUUAUCACCGUCAGAUGCAUGUUGUCUUAAUUGCAGCAGUCGGCGAAUGGUGGUCAUUUUGGUUUAUUCCGCGAUCAAAUUUUGGUGGAAAGACCUUCAAUGGAAAAAAGUAUGUGUUUGAUGUAAAUGACCGGUUAGAAGAGGAAGAAAGAAACAACCCCCUCGAGGAGGACAAAGCCAAAUUGAUGGAUCCAGAUCUGAUACACGAGAUGAGAAACUUCAUUGCUCAUGCUGGUGAGACACCAGCACAAAUAAAGGAUCGCCAUGAUGCAGAACGAGAUGCUAGGCAGAGACGAAGGGCCGAGAAAAACAUGGUCCGGCAACACAAUGAAGACCAGUUUCAGGAAUUUAUUGACGAAAUCCAGGGGAUUCAAAAUGAACCUGGAAUUUAUCAUGAUCUUGCUAUCAAUGAGUAUUCUCAGCGAAGAUCAGCCUGUGACAGGGAAUGGGAUGUCCUCUGGAAUUAUCGGGCUGAAUUUAUGGAGUCUGAGCCUCAAGGCAAAGCGGGGGAGCUCAAAGACAGGGGGAACUGGUCUGGGGUCAUGCGCCUUGGCUCCAAGACUUCAGAACAUUACUUGGAUCAGAUUCAAAAUUAUUUGAAUCGAUUCACAAACCACAACCUGAGGAAGAUGAUAUUUCUCAGUGACAGUGUGUGGUUUCUGCUUCUGUGA